CGUCGCGUGGUCGAACGACACACAGCAGGUGCGCGAGCGAUGCGAGCGCGCGUGACCGAGACGCGCGCGCGCGGGAAAUAUUCCGCCGCGCGUUCGCGCGCGCGGAGGCGCGGCGCGGCGCGGGAUCGGGGCGAACGGACGCGCGAUGGGACGCGCGCGCGAUGAUGAUCCGUCCGCGGCGGCGGGUUAUCUUGACGCGUGGCGUCGCGCGCGACGCGAAUAUGUCGGGGCUCGCGCGGUAAUACCGCGCGGGAAAUCGCGUGCGUCGAUCCUGCGCGUCCGUGGGGGAUGUCGCGGCGCGAUCGCGCGGUGGGAUGGGAAGAUGUUGAAGAUCUUGGAUUUUUGGGACGAGGCGCGGGUGACGGCGCGCGGCGGCGCGGACGUCGAGGCGAAACGAACGAACCGGAAGACUGACGACGGCGAACGCGCUGAAAACGAGCAGUAAACCGCACAUCAACACACUCCACAGACAUAAAUAUGGGAUUUCUUUUCACUUCCGAAUCCGUGAACGAGGGUCACCCGGAUAAGCUCGCGGAUCAAAUCUCCGACGGCAUCUUGGAUGCGUGCCUCGCGCAAGAUCCGGAUUCCAAGGUUGCGUGCGAGACCGCGACGAAGACCAACAUGGUGAUGGUUUUCGGUGAAAUCACGACCAAGGCCAAGGUUGACUACGAAGCCGUCGUGCGCCAAGUGUGCCGCGACGUCGGUUUCAUCUCUGAUGAAACCGGCUUGGACGGUAACAAGUGCCGCGUGCUCGUCGAGUUGCACGACCAAUCCCCGGACAUUGGUCAAGGUGUGCACGGUAUGGGCACCAAGUCCGAUGAAGACAUCGGUGCGGGUGACCAAGGUCACAUGUUUGGCUACGCCACGGAUGAAACUCCGGAACUCAUGCCGUUGACGCACGUUUUGGCCACCAAGCUCGGUCACCGCCUCACCGUCGUCCGCAAGGAUGGUACGUGCCCGUGGGUGCUCCCGGAUGGUAAGACGCAAGUCACCAUCGAGUACGAAAACGAAGGCGGCGCCAUGGUGCCGAAGCGCGUGCACACCAUCUUGAUCUCCACCCAACACAUCGAGGGCGUGACGAACGAGAAGAUCGCCGAGGAUCUCAUGAACGAAGUCAUCAAGAAGGUUGUCCCGGAAAAGUACUUGGACGCCGACACCAUCUUCCACUUGAACCCGUCUGGACGUUUCGUCAUCGGUGGCCCGCACGGUGACGCCGGUUUGACCGGUCGUAAGAUUAUCAUCGACACCUACGGUGGCUGGGGCGCGCACGGCGGUGGCGCCUUCUCCGGUAAGGACCCGACCAAGGUCGACCGCUCUGGCGCGUACAUCUCCCGCCAAGCGGCCAAGUCCGUCGUCGCCGCGGGUCUCGCGCGCCGAUGCUUGUUCCAAAUCUCCUACGCCAUCGGCGUCGCCGAGCCGUUGUCCGUGCACGUCGACACCUACGGCACCGGUAAGAUUCCGGAUUCCGAAAUCCUCGCCAAGGUCAAGGCCGCGUUCGAUUUCCGUCCGGGCAUGAUGGGCAAGGCGCUCGACCUCAAGCGCGGCGGUAACAAGCGUUACCAAACCACCGCCGCCUACGGUCACUUCGGCCGCGAUGAAGACCUCGACAUCUUCACCUGGGAAAAGGUCGUCCCGCUCUAAGAUAAAGUAACGAAGCCGUCGGCGCGGCGCGUCUCCUCGCGCGCGGCGUCGUCCCGACCCCGCGCGCGCGUCGUCCCCGCGCCGCACACGUUUGUCAAAUUUUUAGACGGCGAGCAUUUCGCUGUCCGACGGAACAGUCGGAAUCAUCACUAGACGAGUCGUAAGGAUAUUAUUACGUUGUGAGGAGAGCCACCGUAUAGAGC